AUGGCGCGGCAUACGGUGCUACACUUACUCACCUCGGUACUCGCCGCGACUGCUGUCUUGGCCGCACCGGCGGCGAUUCGGACGCAAGCUCCUCAGGCGCGGCGUGGGCUGGAGAAGCGGGUUGACGAUGUGAUCGUCAACAUCGGAGCGGUCACGACCGUGAAGACGGUCAUCAAGACUGCCGUUCCUUCGACCGUCUUUGUUCCCGUCGUCGUCGAUGGCGUGACGCAGACUGCGACGUCGGUCGUCAAGGUCGUCGAGGAGAUCACGACCACGAUGACGCAGACAGCCGUCGCCACGAAGGUCAUCCAAACAACCGUUGUGUCUGGCAAGACCGUCCCGGUCACUGUGACGACCACCGCAUUCGACCUUCAACUCGCAACUAUCACCGCCGUCCUUUCGAGCACCUCGACGCUCUAUCAGCAGUCGGUCAUCAUCGAGACGAAGCAGGGCGAGCCGCUGCGGAAGACUGUCACGGUCGCCGCGACUCAACCCGCGGACGAGCAGCCCCAGCCUACGCAGACGAACGACCAGCAGCCCGUUCCGAUCGCUUCGCACAAGAAGCCCGAUGACACUGGCAAUCCUGGCGCAGCCACCGUGACCCAGGGUCAGACCGGUGCAGCAAACACGGGCAUCCCUACCGCUCCCGCUCCGCAGACUCUCAGCUCAGCCGCGCCAACCGAUACGAGCGUCCCGGAGAACUCGCUCAACCUCAACAACACGGCUGAUGCCAACUCUGGCUCGAACGCGACGCUCGACUCGAGCAACACUAACACGAACAACGUGACUGUCUCGCUCGGCGGUGGCGGAGGCAUUGGCGACUGGGUUUCGGAGAACAAGACCAUCGCCAUCGUCAUCGGCGUCGGAGUUGCUGUUGCUCUCGUGAUCGCUAUCAUCGCUGCGAUUCUCGAGUGCGGUGGUAGCAAGAAGAGCGGCAGCGGACCCGCGACCGGCCAAACCGUGGUCGUCUCGAACCCAGCCGAGCGCGCCGUCGCCCCCCAACCCGUCGCCAACUCGCUCGCCCGUCCUUCUCGCCGCCGCUACGCCCCAGUCGGCAACGGCGAGUCGAGCGAUAUGAGCGAGUCGAGCGAGGACGAGAAGCGGUCGUAUGGCCGGAACAGCAGGAUGGGGUCGAUUGCUUCGAAUGCGUCGGGGCGGAGCCAGGGCAGUCAGGUAGGGUAUGCCGAGGCUAGCUUGGGACGGUCGUCGAGCAGGGCCAGCAGUCGCUCGCGGCCGAGGAUGUGA